GUGAAAGUUUGUUUUUAUUUUGUCUUUUUACAUUUUUAUUUUAUUUAAGUAAUUAAUGUGUGUAAUGUAUUGUAGAACCCUGCCACGCUAGGACAUUUAAACUAUUUAAAGUGCGAUAUUUUUUUAAGAAAGAAUGUGUUACGUUAUUAUAACAGGAAGAAGUUUGGCAUGGCUUCUGUUGAGUGUGGUUGCGUUUAUGCUAAUUUUAACCGGGAUUAUGACCCCGAAAUGGUUGCUGGGACAGCCAGUACUUUUAAAUGAGAACAAUGUUACUUCUUUUUACAUUCCCAGCGUAGGGAUUUACAAUAGGUGUCUCCGCAUGAAGAAUGACAACAACAACUGCGCCUCUUUUUCUUUCUACGGCCUGGCUACGCAAGAUUCAAUUUAUCCAAAACCGUGGAAAGCUGCAAUGUUUUUCCUAUCUUUAUGUGCAGCUGUCCAGUUUUCUACGGUGCUAGGUGGUGUGCUGGCAUGCUGCGUACAAGCUGUGUUUAAGAAAAGUGUGAUUUCUUUGGCUGGUGCUACCCAAUCACUUGGAGGUUUAUUUGGGGUGCUCGGUUUGCUGUUAUACCCCUGGGGAUGGGGUGCGGAUCGGGUGAAGAGAUUGUGUGGCGAGUAUUCGGAGCCCUAUAUACCUGGAGACUGCUCGAUUGGUUGGGCCUUCUUCGCGACGUCGACGGGUGUAGCUCUUGUAUUCUUGGCCAGUGCUUUAUCCAAAACUGCCGACAAAGCGGCCAAUUCGGAUAAAGUCCAAUUUCAAAUGGACGAAGGAAAGCAACUAAUUUGCAUUGCAUGAUGACAAAAAGUUGAAAUUCUUGAAACUAUAAGAAAAGGUAAAAAUGUUGGAAAUCAAACUUUCUCAGGAUACCGCAACGAAUUUGAAAUAAUAUGGAAUGUGAACUGCCCUAAGUACAGAUGGCUUCUGUGGCUACUGUCCUCUUAGUUGAAUAUGUUUGCUCUAUUAUGUAAGUAAACAA